AUGACGACACUUCCUUCUUGGGGUGGCGACGAUAACGAAUUAACCGAGGGCUUCAUGGAUAGGUGGGUCCCCAUCGGCAUUGCCUGUGGUGUCAUUCUCGCGGCUGUCAUCAUUGUCGUGAUCCUCUCCCUUCUAGCCUGUUUUAUUUGGCGAAGAAAGAGUGAGCCUUCAAAACCGCCCAAAAGCAGUUCAGACAGUGAGUCCACCAUAAAGGAUAAGUCGAAUUCUUAUGUGCCGAAUUUGGUGAAUGCGACACAGCCUUACUACGUGCAACCCUCAGAAGACCGGAAGUUGGCACCGUCGGCUGAGAUGCUGCACUAUCACUACCAGAAGGAUCGUAAUUCUGCGCAGCCGUGA